AUGUCUCGAUUCUCUCUGACCGGUCGCACUGCGCUCGUUACGGGCGGUGCUCGAGGCUGCGGCCUGGCGUUUGCGAGAGGGCUAGCUGAAGCUGGGGCCGAUGUAGCGGUGUUUGAUAUUAUUGAGCCUGCCGAGGGGUUUCUUUCUAUGGAGAAGGAUUACGGUGUUCGCACGGCGUUCUACAAAGUCGACGUAUCCUCGCAGGAAUCCCUCGAAAAUGCCUUCAAAACAUUCCAAUCCGACUUCUCCAACGCGCUCGAUAUAUGUGUUCCCUGCGCCGGGAUCAACCGGCAUCUGACCUUCCUUGAAUUCACGUACAAAGAUCACCAAGACCUGCUAUCGGUAAAUGUGAUGGGGUUGUUUUUCACAGCCCAGCUAGCAGCGAAGCAAAUGAUCGCAAACGGAACGAAACACGGAAGUAUUGUUCUUGUCGCGAGCAUGGCGAGCCACGUUGCGGUGAGAGAUCAGAUGUGCAGCGCAUACUGUGGAUCCAAGGGCGCAGUCCGGGCGAUGUGUCCGGCUAUUGCGAAGGAAAUGGCGCCUUAUGGAAUCCGCGUAAACUCGAUAUCCCCAGGAUACGUGCGCACCGAGAUGACCGCGUCGUUCCCCCAUCUUGUCGAGAAAUGGAAAGCCGACGCGAUGAACGGCCGGAUCGCCGAACCCGACGAUAUAAUGGGGGCGUGCGUGUUUCUGGCCAGCGACGCCAGCGCCUACAUGACCGGGGCAGAUGUUGUCGUGGAUGGGGGGGUGACAAAGUGCUCAGAAAAUGGCUUCCACGAGGAGUCUACAACUGUCGUUGUCGUCGGUGCAGGACCAUCGGGGUUAAUGCUAGCAUGCAACCUCGUCCGCUACGGCAUCAACACUGUCCUCCUUGACGACCGCCCCGACAAAACCUCCACCGGAAAAGCUGAUGGCAUGCAACCGAAGACCAUCGAGACGUUUCGUCAAUUGCGACUAGCAGAUCCACUGCUCAAGAAUGCAGCGAGGGUCUAUGAUAUUGCGUUCUGGGAAUCAACGCCAGACUCGUCCCUCCAUCGAACCGGUCGCAAAACGCAUUAUCCGGACCAUCUUGUCGGCGCUGCGGAUCCGUACAUUCUUCUGGCGCAUCAGGGGAUGAUCGAGGAUAUUUUGAUUCAGGACAUGGAGGAUAGAGGGGUGGGUGUGCGACGCAGCAGCCCGUUUGUUAGAUGCGACCGGUUACCAAGUGGGAGGCUUCGUGUGGAAUAUGAGAACGCGGCCAAUGGAUCGAGGAAGACCAUUCUGUCAGAUUAUCUGGUUGGAUGCGACGGCGCCCGAUCGCAAGUUCGGGAAUUCAUUCCCGAUGCCCAGUUGGAGGGCGAUAUGACGAAUGCCUCAUGGGGUGUUCUUGAUGGAGUGAUAGAGACAGACUUCCCCGACCUCUGGAGCAAGGUUGCUGUGCGAUCUCAUACUGCAGGGUCGAUUCUGUGGAUCCCCCGCGAGCGAAACAUGACCCGACUGUAUGUGCAGUUAUCCUCGACAGACGGAGAGCGCGUCGACAGGAAGUUGGCAACGGCAGAAUAUGUCAUGAAGCGCGCAGAGGAGGCGAUGCAUCCGUUCUCUCUGAAGUGGAAGACCAUUGAAUGGUUCGGGAACUACGUCGUUGGGCAGCGUGUCGCGAGAAAGUUCAGCGAUGCGGAUGGGAAGAUCUUCAUCGCGGGCGAUGCAGGACACGUCCACUCGGCCUUGGCAGCCCAGGGCGCUAACACAAGCAUGCACGACUCCUUCAACCUGGCCUGGAAAUUGAACUUUGUGGUUCGCGGUCUCGCAUCACCGUUUCUCCUUUCGACCUACGAAGAAGAGCGACGCAAGAUUGCUAACGACCUGAUCAAUUUCGACGCUGGACACUGCGAAGCCUUUGCGCAAGGUGAUGAAGCACUCGCUCAGAACUUCGACGAUAAUAUCCGAUUUAUCUCUGGCAUUGGGGCGGAGUAUAACUCCGGAAUGCUAACGGCGCAAGGAAUAGGGAAGGGGAGAUUAAAGCCCGGUGCUUUGAUGAUUCCCGCAAAGGUGACCAGAUAUAUCGACGCAAACCCAGUGGAUAUCCAGAUCGAUAUACCGAUGCUGGGACAAUUUAGGGUGUACCUCUUCCUUCCUGAUGUGAAACUAGGAAUGAGAUUCUUGGACAACGUUUGUCAAAUGGGAACGGCUCUGGGUGGUGCUGCCGCAAACGCGCAACAAUCCUAUGCAACAAAGCCCCGAGGAUAUGCCCCGUCCGAUGAGUUCUUGCAACCACAACGAUACACUCCCGUUUCGGAUUUCGUAACAUAUGCUCUCGUGACGAGGUCGGAGAAGACCCAAUUCGAGAUAGCUGAUCUUCCGGAGAGUUUGCAGAAGAGUCGCUGGACUCUAUAUCUGGACAAUGGAGACACGGUCGGCUGUACGGAUAAAUGGAUGGGGCAGCUCGGUGUUGGAAAGGCAGGGGUUGUGAUAGUCAGGCCGGAUGGUUAUGCCGGUGCAAUUGGUUCCUGGGAUGUUGAAGCAGGAGAUCAAGCGAAGGAUUGGAUAGAUAAAUACUUUCAGGCCUUUUCAUAG